AUGACUUUCGACGCUGAAGACAUCGAAGAGGAUAUGGAAGAUCACAAUGAUCCUUUGGUCCUCACGUUACCAGUUGUAGGAUGCAAUAUCAAGAAGAUCCUCAUCGACGGAGGGAUCUCAGUUAAUGUUCUGUUUUAUAACACAUUCAAACGAAUGGAGCUUAACGACGAACAGCUAAUGUCUUCGUACUACACCAUCUACGGGUUUAACGGGGCACCUACGAAGCCAUUAGGAGACAUCGUCUUGCAAGUAAACGCAGGCCCCAUGAAAGUGAACACACGAUUCAGCGUGGUAGAUGCUCCUUCCCCUUAUAAUGCCAUUAUUAGACGAAGAUGGGUGCACAAGCUCAAAGGAGCGGCGACGACUUAUCACCAAUACCUCAGAUUUCCAACACCCGAAGGGGUAAUGGAAAUAAAAGGAGAUCAAUUCACUGCUCGGGAAUGCCAGGCUCUACAAAAUCAUCUCAACAACGAACAAGAUGAGCAGCGGAAAUCCCGAAGGGCCCGAAACAAAGAAGCUGCUAAAGAAAAAGCAAUUGACCUUUAUCUCGAAGAGAUUUUCAGAGAAAGUCUAACGAAGGGUAGCGUCGUUCUAAACACGGAAGCAAGUACUUCAACAACUAAAGAAAUUGAAGAACCAACCAAAUAG